AUGUUACCAUUUCUGUUUUUUUCCACCCUAUUUUCUUUCAUAUUUACUGAAGCUCAGAAGCACUAUUGGGUCUGCAACUCAUCCGACGCAAGUAUUUCAUACACCUACUGUGAUAAAAUGCAAUACCCAAUUUCAAUUAAUGUUAAUCCCUGCAUAAAAUUGAAGGGAUCCAGAGGAUUGUUGCACAUUUUCUACAUUCCAAGGAGAGAUGUAAAGCAAUUAUAUUUCAAUCUCUACAUAACUGUCAACUCCAUGACUCUUCCAAAGCGCAAAGAAGUUAUUUGCCGAGGAUCUGAUGAUGAUUAUUCUUUUUGCAGAGCUCUGAAGGGAGAGACUGUGAAUACAACAGUAUCAUUCUCCUUCAAGGGAAUAAAAUUUUCUAAGGGAAAAUACAAAUGUGUUGUUGAAGCUAUUUCUGGGAGUCCAGAAGAAAUGCUCUUUUGCUUGGAGUUUGACAUCAUACACCAACCUAAUUCAAAUUAG